AUGAGCUCCCAAAACGAAUCAAUUGCUAACAGAACUUACCGUCCGAUCACAGAAAGUCCAGGGAUGGGAUUUCUCCACAAGAAGAAGAAGGCCAAAAGCGAUAAGGAAAGGGAAAUAAAUGGUAAGAAUAACAUAAAAAGUUCUGAAAAUGCUGGGAACCAUGCCGUUGUGCGCCGUAUCGUAAGGGAUCGAUCGGUUUCGAACCUUCAAACGGAACCGUCACGAACCGGUGCAGACUUGGAUACAGAGACCGAUGGACUUAACGGCGGGAAGAAGAGGAAAAGCUCUAGCCCUCCAAGCAGAGCCAAACGCAAGACUUCCGAUAUAGUCAAAUCGAAACUGAACUCUUUUAAUAGCCACAGCGAUAGCAAUAGAGCACUCAGAGCCACAAGCGAAACCAGCGAAAAAAAUAAUGCAUCAAACCAGCCGGUCAAUGACUCCCCACAGCCUUCGAAGCCAGCUGAACCGAAUCUUGGUUCUGCAAGACUAAGCACAAAGGGCAGUAGCGUGCUUCUCCGCUCAGAUAAAGAAGAUAAUGAAAAUGAACAAAAGGCUCCUAAUGGUGUUUUCUCGUCUAUUCUUUCAGCUGCCCAUAAUGCUGCGAACCACCUUUUACCAAAACCUAAUGCCGAGAAAACCUCGCCUUCAGAAACAUCACAGCAUGCCGUGGAAACUCUACCAACCGUUCCCACCCCACACAAGGCUGAGCAACAAGACCAGGCACCAAACUCUUCAUUUUUGAAGCAUCUGGAUUUUUUGCUAGCCAGUAGUCCGAUGGGCCAAAACCAAAAUGAAUCCAAUAAUCUGCUUUCACCGAACUAUAAUCCAAGACCAAACGACAAGUCGUCUCUGAGCUCUUCUCUGGCUAGACUAGAGUCUGAAUAUUCAGGUGCGCCUAGUAUUGUUGUCAAUGAACCUGAUGGCAGCGCCUCUGGGGCUGAUACAGACCUAGGUUCGGUGACAGAAAAAAUACACUUCCGCUCGCUUCGGGGUGAGCCGCCCAUAGCUACGUUAGGCAGAGGCAAUUUGACUUUGGAUGCCCUUGCUAGCACCAACAUAAGCGAUACAUCACUAGAGGAAGAACCUAUGAAAAAUGAGGACGAAAAACGAUCAUCUUUUCCGCAACGUGGGCGGUCACUAAAUUCAUCAGGCAACCGGGACAAGGAGCUCGCCUACAACAUUGAGACAAGUCUCGGUGAUGUUAUGGUUAAAUCCCCAUCACCUGUUAGAAGUGACCCUGGAGCUCAAUCGAGCAUCUCUCUCGACAAAAAUGGGGCAGCAAGUGGCUCGAACGCACAGCAGAGAACGCUAGAAGAAAAGAAGCAGCGCAAAAGGGCUAGCACCAUGAGACCUCGAUCUCUUCACCAACUUUCACUUCGAGCUGUAUCUUCCAGAGGUGUGAGAAACUCGUUGCAAAGAAAUAGAUCCUUAAGCCACGGCGAGGCCGGACCGGGCGGUCAAGUUAGCGUUCAAUCAAACGACAGUGCAUCUGCACUAACUGAGGGGACUAGAAAGCAUGAAGUGAGGAGUCCACGCGGAUCAAUCCAUAUCUCAGAAAGAAAACAAAACGAGUUUCAUUCUCUAUUCAAAGAAUCGGGAGUCUCGUCGUCAGAAUCAUUGCUAGCAGACUACAGCUGUGCUUUAUCUCGUGAUAUACUACUGCAUGGUCGCAUGUAUAUAUCCUGGGAGCAUGUGUGUUUCAAUUCCAGCAUUCUAGGGUGGGUAACAAACGUUAUUAUUCCCUUCAAAGAAAUCGUCCAAAUCGAAAAGAAGUCCACGGCGGGUAUAUUCCCCAAUGGGAUGGUUUUUCAAACUUUACAUUCGAGAUAUACUUUUGCGUCGAUUAUGUCUCGCGACGCCGCUUUUGACUUUAUCACCUCGAUUUGGAAUCAGACUAUAGAAGACUCUGAUGUACGGCUAAAGAUGGGCGGCAUGAAUAGCACAUCUCCCAGGUCCAGUAACAGUACCCUAGAUUCUCACUCGGAAAGCGAGGCUCAACUAUCUUCUGAGACGUCCUCGGAAGGCUAUUCCAGUGGGGAAGAGACCAGUGACGAAAGUUUAACAGAUGAUGGGCAUGGAGAAGACGACGACUAUAACUCCAGGCCAGAUCUGUCUGAGAUUGCUAAUGGUGAGUUCAGACUUAGCAGAAAGCAGAAGAUUUCCACCCUGGGUCCCGAACAGCAUUCACCGACCUCUGGCGAGCACCUUACCGCGGCCGACGAUAGGGUGAUAGCGGAAACAGUUUUUGAAGCUCCGUUGGGUAAAAUUGUUAAUCUGCUUUACGGGGAUAAUGUGUCUUACACGAAGAAGAUUUUGGAGGCGCAGAAAAAUUAUGACUUGUCGAAGAUUCCACCCAUAAUGGCCACUCAUGAGCGGACGUACAAUUACGUGAAGCCCUUAGGCGGGUCUAUUGGUCCGAGCAAGACAGGUUGCGAAAUCACGGAAACUAUUGACCAUUACGACCUGGAAGAUUACGUCAAGGUUGUCCAGGUAUCGAAAACUCCAGAUGUGCCUUCUGGGAAUUCGUUCUUGGUAGUUACAUCUCUCUAUUACUCCUGGGCGCCUCGGAACUGCACGAAGCUGAUCGUUGCGGUUAAUGUUAAGUGGACGGGCAAAAGUUGGUUAAAGGCCGCGAUCGAAAAACACACGUUUGAUGGUGUCACGACAACAACAAAGACGAUGAUCGAGGAGAUCAAUAAAAUCAUUCAUGGGAAAGAGAGCAAAGGUGCCAAAGAAUCGAAUGAGACGCCUAGUAGCGAAGAUGCUUACACACAGAAUCUUCCAACAGCCGGACCUAGUGAACAUGCCAAGACUAGCUCUGACUACACGAAGGAAGACGGUGACGUUGUUAUUACAGACAGUUUAGUAAUACCGGCCCCUUUAGGUACGGUUCAUCAACUUUUGUUUGGCGACGACACUUCUUAUCUUCAAAGAAUCCUUGAAAAGCAAGGAAACUAUGACAUAUCGACGCUUCCUCAAUUUAAGGAUGGCAAAAGAGAAUACCAGUAUACCAAACCUUUGAGCGGACCUGUUGGUCCGAAAAAGACGAAGUGCUAUAUUGAAGAAAAAGUUGAGCGCAAUGAUCUAGAGAGCCAAAUUAUUGUACGUCAAAUCACUAAAACGCCUGACGUCCCAUCGGGUUCAUCGUUUUCAGUCAAUACUAAGCUGCAUCUGUAUUGGGGUUCCAACAACCAAACCAACAUACUCGUGGUAUCGAACGUUGUUUGGACUGCCAAAAGCUGGAUCAAAAGUGCUGUUGAAAAAGGCUCACUGGAUGGGCAGAAAAGUUCUAUUGCUGUCAUGGGUCAAGAGUUGAAGGACAUUGUUGCAGAAGCCGGGACAACUAAAAAGGGCCAUAUUAGGAGAACCACCAAGUCCAAACCAAAGAAGCCUAAAGCGGCUGUCAGUUCUUCCAAGUCAACGGAGGCCCCUCGGUCUUCGACAGGGCUAUCUCUGGAUACUGCUUUGGAAUGGUUCAUGAAUCUCUCUUUGCCCUAUCAAGUGUUGAUAUUUCUCUUUGCGCUUGUCAGCACAAUUGUUAUCAUAGCAAGGUUUGCUUCCAGUAGGCACGGUGCAUCUGCUAUUGUUGGGCCAGGGCGCAUCAUGAUAGGAGGUGAAACGUACAACUAUGCUCCAACACUCGAUACAUUGUAUGGAACGUUCGAUCGCGACGUUCGCGCGUCACGAAAAAGUUCAAAGGCCUGGAAUGUCGUUACGGCAUCCGAGAGCGAGCUAUGGGAGUGGAUAAAAGAUCGAAGUACUAUCUUACAAGAAAACCACUCCCCUGACUACGCCAGACGACGGAUGUCACUUCACGCACGCCAGGAUCUCGAGGAGACCAUACGGCUGGCCGAGGUCAAACUUGACGAAUUGAGAUCUUAUUUGAACACUACCACCGUCUAA